AUGACAGCAUCUUUCAGUUAAAUUGGCUCGCCAUUGAAGCGUUGCUCUCUGUUACAGAGCGGGCCACGAGGAGACCGCGUGGAGUGCGAGAGCGAGUUUCGCAAUCGGUGGCCUUGCGCUUUGCCGCGCGAUUGGGAUGGUCCAAGCGCCAUCGAGGUGUUUUAAUGGCGGCGCGGUUGCGCGCACGUGCGGGAGCUGAUGAUGCAAGAGCUGCGUCCUUCUAUCUGGCGCGUUUCGCGUGCUCCUCUCCCCAUGAACGCAUACGCGCGUUUACAUCGGGAGAGGACUUAAUAGUUUGUCGGUUUAGCCUCAACCAACCAGCUGUCACCGUUUACAAGGUGCGAUUUUCAAAAUGUGCCACCCCUGUUCGGGCCGCUCGCUUUACGUUUCAGAAUGUGCUGCAUUGCAAGUCUGGACUGCGGGAAAUCGCCCGUGCGAACGACGCUUUCGUGGCCUUGACUGCGCAAGGCGUGUGGACCGUACCACUAGGCGAAGUGAGUGCCAGGACUUUCCUGCUUGGGCCAAUCUCGGCUUGUGGGCUUCCAUGGGGCGGCCUCGUGGCUGCAUACAAUGUGUGUCCAGGGUCUUGGGAGUUGCUUGUCAAUGGCAAGGGACCGCCCAUAUGCCGCGUCACAUGCAGCACGCAGCAUCAUUUGCGUUCACCAGACGCAGGUCCAGUGCUGUGGUGUGCAAGACUUCUGGAAAGUCAACACCACACGAGGGAUGACUGUUCAACACCUGGAAGCUCUCUCUUUUUGUCGAAGCACCUCACGCGGCUUCUGGGCUUGAAGCCGAGUGACCUCCCCAGUCAGUCAACAGAUGCAGAGCAGCGAGGGUCCUGCGUACUGCUGUUGGGUUUACCUGAUGGCCGUGUUCUAGGCACGCUGUUGCAUUCUGACCGCCCUCAUGAAUCAUGUAGGGCCCGUCUGGUUUGUGACUUGGGCCAGCCAGUGACUGCCAUCUCUUGCUGGCAGCCUGAACAUCUCGAGAACAAAGACAUGGAGGUGCUUAUCAUUGGUGCCAGGGGCAAAGUGCUGAGCAGCUGCAGUGGAACCUGGCUGGAGGCCUGGACACCUAAUAUUCUCGAGGAAGCGCACGAUUUCUGCUUGAAUGGAGCGCUUAUCCAUUGGCUGCACAAGGGAACACCCUGGGAGGCCCACGUGGCCAUCAGGCAGCAGUCACCACAAGAGGCUGCAUUCCUUCAGGUUGAAGCAGGACCACUGCCUCUGGGAAAGGCUCUGUCGAUUCAGAGCCUCACAUCCUCAGUCUUGACCAAGCUUCACGCUAAAGCAAAUACCAAUCAGAGCGAGCUGAACCAGGAUUCCUCUGGGCUCCUGAUCCUGGAUGGCUGUGGAGGCGUGCGCCUGGUGUCACCCCUGCCUCCACAACGCCUUUCGCUGCAGGGUCUGCACCCACACCCAAUCAUGCAGGCCAAGAACGAGCUUCUGUUUGUCCAGGCUGCUUUGCAACAACUGCGGCAGCUCCAACAUCGCUCAAUAACAGUCACUGCUGAGCGUGAAGAUGGGCGCUUGGUAGCCACUUUUCCAGAUUCUGGGGCCUCAAACUGGAUUCAUGUUGCCAGCUUCGAUGUUGGCGAUCGCACCAUUUGCCGGUCUGCUGCUGCUUCUCUAGCAACAGGAAGGCCCUUGAAGAUAAGUGUCAAAUGUGACACAGCUGCAGUGGCCACCAUGGCAUUGGUGCUACCGUCUAGGGAAGCCACUGGAAAACCAGUGCUAACUUUGCUCAAGACAACAGUGCUUCCGUCGCAAACCUGUCUCAAUGAAGGGCCUGCACAGAAGACAGCUGUGCUAACUGUGGCAAGUCACUUAGUUUCCAGUGUUGCCGGUGGUGCCAACAGGUUUACAGAACGCCUUGGACUCCAAGCAUGGCCGGCCCAUUUGGAGUCUCUGGGUCAAGGCGUCUCGUCGUUAGAGCUUGAGCUGCCCGGGGGCCACUGUUGGCCAGCACUGAGAGCAGAGACGUUGCUACGCAUGCUCGACGUGGUCAAAGACCACGGCGACAACAGAGCCAUACCAGACGUGAAAGUCGGGGAGAGAGUUGACGCGGCGUGUCGAGAAGUUGAGCGGCUGCUCUCCGCGGGCGACACCCUGGAAGCGUACAAGCGCCUGGAGAACACGUCUGGGGAUGGCAUUUCCCGUUGCUUAGAUGCCGUCUUUGCAUAAGCAAGGAAGCUGCAGGCGUUCCAUCAGCGUCUUGCGUACUGGAAUAUGCUCACACAGCGCAGCAGGAUCUCUCAGCACUGCAACUGGUAGCUGCAAAAGAUGUGUAAUAGGAUCAUUACGAAAAUGUGCUUUGUGUGCAUGCCGACAUGGAAUUCACACAAUCCAAUCGCACUAUGAAUGCAUGCUUCGGCAAAAACAUUUCAGCAAGCAUGCUUGUGGAAGAAUGUAUUGAUGUUUAGUUCGUGUUUUUUUUUUAACAGCUCCAGAUGAUGUGCCUUGAUGAGUGAAUGAGGCCGUUUGGGAAUUCACUAUGUACAGGUGUACAAAAUUACCUCAAAUAAACAAUUCUGUACUUUG